CUCAUUUUGUUACCAUUACAAAUAUUUAAGAUGGGGCUUUUUUGUUACAUAAACUGGGUUAAUGUAAAUUAAAAAACCACCGAAAUUAGUUUUGAGGGCUUACGAGCCCAACAGUAUUGGCCCAUUUGGAGGGGAGGACAUAUAGCGCCUGGAAUGUUGGCCCACGUUCUUCCUCGAACAAGUAGCCACCGCUUUGGCUGUCACCGGGGGAGUCUGCCUCGCCGGCGUGAGGAAAGAAGCCGAAGCAAGCUUCUGUUUUGUUUUUCGAUCUGUUUCCAUCAAACAAAAGCUUGGAUCCAGCAACUCCGAAGUCUAGAACGGCGCACAUUGUAAACAUAAAACGGCACGACGACAUAUUUGACUUGCCAUUUGAUGGGAAUUUCCCAACGAAACACUUGGGCAAUGGAAGGUGAAGAUGAAGAUGAAGAUGAAGAUAAUGAUCACUUGGGCAACAAGGAAGUCUUCGACGGUUAUCUCGAAAUUUCCGGUGAUGAUACAGCGGAGAGUCCCGAUGGCAAGAGGAAAGUUGAAAGCGGAUAUGGUCUCUUCUGCGUCAUGAGAAAGAGAGGUUGUAGGCACAACGAUAUGUUUAUGGGUUUGGAUUAUGCAGAGAAAGGUGAUGGUAACCAUAUAGAAGUUGAACAAGACGACUGCUUCUGCAGUGGCAGUGACAGUGACACAGACCUGUCUGAAUGUUCAGAAUUCGAUGUUAUAUCACAAGAAGUUGUACAAGACAAGGAUUUUAUCUUCUUGUUAUCUCCUGAUGAGGUUCACGAGGAGGAUGGUGUAAGGUCAAAAGAAGAUGUGGUGUUAUCAUCUGUUUCUGCAUCCCCAAAUGAUGAGAUUGGCCUUGGAAUCUCUCCAAUACCUCUAGCGAAAACCUUUCAAGGACCUAAUAGGCCGUGGUCAGUUUGUGGUUCUUUAGACGCAGGCAGAAACAUACCUUCUCUAUUGGGUGAUGCUUCAGGUGCUUCUAGUUCCUUGGAUGCACAACUUUCUCAAACCCCAUCGACUCUGUACAAGGAAGAAGAAGUUGAUGGUGAAGAUGAGAUUUCCUUUUCUGACGUUGAUGCAAUGAUACGCAGAUUGAAUCUGAUCCCGGAUGAUUCAGAUUCAAGCUUAAACAGGGAAGAACGGAACAUGUCUAAGCAUCCAAGACAUAUAUUACUUGGAUCGGAACACUGCACAAGGACUUCAGUUCCAAGAGGAAUCAUGUCUCAACGGGCAAUAGCGUUCCUGAGUUGUCGUGAUUCAAAGCAUUUUAUUAGAAAACAUGAGGUAAUCAUUGGGAGAUCUUAUGAUGGCAUGAAUGUUGACAUUGACUUGGGUAAAGAUGGUUAUGGGAGCAAGAUAUCUCGGCGUCAGGCACUAGUGAAGCUAGAGAAGAACGGAUCAUUCUCUCUAAAGAACCUUGGAAAGCGACAUAUCCUUGUAAAUGGGAAGAAGCUCAAUACAGGACAGAUUGUGUCCCUCACAUCAUGUAGUUCAGUCAAUAUCAGAGGAAUAGUCUUUGAGUUCAAGAUUAACAAAGAAGCAGUGAGACAGUUCUUGAAGAACAAUACACGGAGAAACAGCGAGGAAGACACCAAAUUCAGAUGGUGCGAAUAGAUUAUUGUUAGUUCCUUUUGCCAACGACAAUAAGUGAUCCCAUCCAUCAUUUGAACAUUUUUGUCUUCUUCCAUUUAUUUAUAAGUUAGUUAGAGCCAAUGAUUUGCAGCCUUUGCUUUCUAAUUACUUCUUUAAAGUGUUUUCUCUCUUUUUUCUGUAAAAAAAAAACCGAGAAAUUAAGAUUUUGACAAUAUGUGGUCAAAUGGGUAUGUCAUGUUUUAG